UCAGAUAUGAGAAAUUCUAUGGUCCCCUUAGUUCUAGAUCACCCUGAUAUUCUUCUGAAAUUCUGUUUUUUGCUCCUGCAGUUCCUCAAUAGCUGUACGUGGAGCCACCUUUUGUGCUAUCCAUUUUCAGUCACAGGGAAGAGAGAGUCAGGGGCAUUGGAAUUUUGAAGGCUCACAGCAUGCAGCUGUGGGUACUCUCAGGAAGAACAGCUCCUUUUGCUUACCCAAAGCCAUGUAUGCCAGUGCUGUUUUGAUUCUUUGCUUUCUUCAAUAAGUACAGGUCAUACACGUUACUCUUGUUUGAAAGGCUGGCUUGGAAGUGGUCUCUACAUUCUUUCUUUGUUUCCUUGCUCAGGUUCCCCCCAGCGAGUCAAUGGCAAGGUGAAAGGAAGGAUCUUUGUGGGGAACAGCCAGGUCCCCAUUGUCUUUGAGAACACUGACCUCCACUCUUACGUAGUAAUGAACCACGGGCGCUCCUACACAGCCAUCAGUACCAUUCCCGAGACCCUUGGAUAUUCUCUGCUUCCGCUGGCCCCAGUUGGAGGCAUCAUUGGAUGGAUGUUUGCAGUGGAGCAAGAUGGAUUCAAGAAUGGGUUCAGCAUCACUGGGGGCGAGUUCACUCGCCAGGCUGAGGUGACCUUCAUGGAGCACCCGGGCAAGCUGGUCAUUAAGCAGCGGUUCAGCGGCAUUGAUGAGCAUGGACACCUGACCAUUGACACGGAGCUGGAGGGCCGCGUGCCGCAGAUUCCCUUCGGCUCCUCCGUGCACAUUGAGCCCUACACGGAGCUGUACCACUACUCCAGCUCAGGUGAGCCCCACCGUGUCCCAGGACCAGCCUUGGACCAGCCACUAGCCUCAUGCUCCUGACCCACCGUGCAACCAUGAGCUGGGACUGUCUCUGGAAUCUGGAGAGGGAAAUACACUGGGCCUUAGCUGCUUACAGUCACCUUCCCUCCACUUACAGACAUAGGACACACUCCUUGUAGAGAAUUUUGUGCAAAAAAGACAAUAGCAUAACUUAGAAUUGUAAAACCUGGACAUAAUUAUUAUGACAUUUAAGUGUA